UAACAUUAACGUGUUUUUGUCCGGUUUUAACCGCCUUGUCCUCGCGGGGCGUGGGUUAUAACUCGGACAUGAAGGUUUAAAGGCCCGUGUCGUCGCUACAGAGUGUCAGGGGUGUCAGGGAUGUGGCGCAUGAUCUGCGAGUUCAUUUCAUCCCUGCCGGCCCUGGAGCAACAACAGCAGCGUCCGGCUGAGAGAAGCCAUCGAGAGGAUAUGUUGUGCGGCCGCAGGGAGCCCCCGGCUCUGGAGCCCCGCCGCCGGUCGAGCUGAGGAGGUCUGAGCAGGUUCUCCAUCUCCGGAUUAGAUGCUGGCAGAAGGCAAGUGUGCAUGACAAGAUAAAACAGAGGCUGUCCAAGCCUACGCUGCAGAUAAGCAGAAGCUGUGAGUCUACUUUCCCCUUUUAGGUUGACAUUGUUGCUUUAUUUUGGGCCUCUUUGUGUGCCAGACUGUGUCCGUGGGAGUAGAUGUGCCUAUUAAUAAUACAUGUAAUGGGCAGCAGCCCCUGAACUCUAAAUGUAGGCUUGGAACUGGGGUGGUUGAUUUCUUCUAAACCCUUAAAAGAAAGGAGCUGUUGACUGGAAAUAAUGGCUGACCACGAGGAAGCGGAGUUGUCCGAGUCCCUUCAGAAGGAGGACGGGUUUUCCAGCGAAAUUGAGGAGCCAGGUACGGACUUCAAAUGUAAAAGUUUGCCUAUUUUAAAUGAAGAAGCGCCUCAAGAGGAAACCUUACUGACUAGUUCUGUGUCCAUAACUGCAGAAGAGAGCGCAGAAUGUAUCCAGCUCCAGGCCAAGACGGAGUCCUUUCAGCCAGAGUCCCCGACGAGGACAAACUACCUGGCCAAGCCGGGGAAGUCGGCGCUGAACAGGCCCAGCUCCUACAUGGAAAACACGGAGAUCCGUAGGAGUAAAAACCUGGCGAGAAGGAAGCCCCCGGGGUUUUUCGCUUCCAAGCUAGCUCGGAUUCGUCUUCCCACUAAGCAGUACCUGAGCGUCAUCCUACAGGACUCGCGCUGCUUCCUGUUCUGCAUGUGCUACCUGACGUUCAUCCAGUCGCUCAUGGUGUCGGGCUACCUCAGCAGCGUCAUCACCACCAUCGAGAAGAGGUACAGCCUGCGGAGCUCCGAGUCGGGCCUCCUUGUCAGCUGUUUCGACAUUGGGAGCCUCGUCGUGGUCGUCUUCAUCAGCUACUUUGGCGGGCGGGGCCAGAGGCCUCGCUGGUUGGCGGUGGGAGGGGUAUUUAUCGCAGUGGGUGCCGCCCUCUUCUCCUUGCCCCACUUCAUCUCGCCGGCCUACCAGAUCCAGGAGGUCAACUCGUCCUCCGGCAACGAGGGCCUGUGCAUGAACAGCAACGCCAGCGGCAGGGACCGCGUCGACAUCACUUCCUGUCCCCGGGACCAGGAGGGCAACGAGCACAACCUGUACGUGGCUCUGUUCGUCGUCGCCCAGAUCCUGGUGGGCAUGGGGUCCACGCCCAUCUACACGCUGGGACCCACCUACCUGGACGACAACGUCAAGAAGGAGAACGCCUCGCUGUAUCUCGCCAUCAUGUAUGUGAUGGGAGCACUGGGUCCAGCAGCUGGUUACCUGCUGGGAGGAGUCCUCAUCGGCUUUUACGUGGACCCCAAGACUGUGGUCAACAUCGAUCAAAGCGACCCCCGCUUCAUCGGCAACUGGUGGAGCGGGUUCCUGCUGUGUGCCGUGGCCAUGCUGCUGGUCAUCUUCCCCAUGUUCACCUUCCCUAAGAAGCUGCCCCCCCGACACAAGAAGAAGAAAAGGAGGAAAAAGCUGAGCAUGGACGACCUGUCUAGCGACGACGACGUCCUCAAGGAGAAGAGCAACAACAAGAGCCAGCCGGUCACCUCGUCCAUGGGCUUCGGGAAGGACAUCAAAGACCUGCCCAAAGCGGCAGUGAGGAUCCUGAGCAACGUGACCUUCUUGUUCGUCAGCCUCUCCUACACGGCUGAAAGCGCCAUCGUCACCGCUUUCAUCACCUUCAUCCCCAAGUUCAUCGAGUCUCAGUUUGGCAUCCCGGCCUCCAGCGCCAGCAUCUACACCGGUGUGAUUAUUGUGCCGAGCGCCGGCGUGGGCAUCGUCUUGGGCGGCUACAUCAUUAAGAAGCUGAAGCUGGGAGCUCGCGAGUCGGCCAAGCUGGCUAUGAUCUGCAGCGGAGUCUCCCUGCUCUGCUUCUCCACGCUGUUCAUCGUGGGCUGCGAGAGCAUCAACCUGGGAGGAAUCAACAUCCCCUACACCACCGGACCGACUCUCACCAUGACCCAGAGGAACCUGACCGGAGGUUGCAAUGUGAACUGCGGCUGUAAAAUCCACGAGUACGCUCCAGUCUGUGGCUCCGAUGGCAUCACGUACUUUAACCCCUGCCUGGCCGGCUGCAACAGCGUGGCCAACGACAGCACCGGGAUCCGUAACUACUCGGACUGCGCCUGCGUCCAGAGCCGGCAGGUCAUCACGCCGUCGUCCAGCGGCCAGGGCAGCAACCAGCUGCAGCUCGUCAUCGUCAAGACCUACCUGAACGAGAAUGGCUACGCCGUGUCGGGGAAGUGCAACCGCACGUGCAACACCCUCAUCCCCUUCCUCGUCUUUCUCUUUAUCGUCACGCUCAUCACUGCCUGCGCCCAGCCCUCCGCCAUCAUCGUCACCCUCAGGUCUGUAGCGGAGCAGGAGAGACCGUUCGCUCUGGGAAUGCAGUUUGUUCUCCUCAGGACUCUCGCCUACAUCCCGACACCCAUUUACUUCGGCGCCGUCAUCGACACCACCUGCAUGUUGUGGCAGCAGGACUGCGGCGUCCACGGCUCCUGCUGGGAGUACGACGUCACCUCCCUGCGCUUCGUCUACUUCGGCCUCGCCGCCAGCCUCAAGUUCUUCGGCUUCCUCUUCAUCUUCCUCACCUGGUACUCCAUCAAGUACAAGGAGGAGCGGGUGGAGCGCUGGGUCAAGCGCCACCUGUCGCCCGUCGACACCGUGGGCAGCCUCGUCUGCCACCCGGGCGGCCACAAGGGCCACGCCCGCACCCGCUCCUGCCCCGUCAACAUCCCCCGCACCGACCCCAGCGCUCUGCACGCCAACGGGCCGCUGCGUGCCGGCCCCCUCAACCGCGGCGUCAGCACCCAGAGUUGCCCCGGGGACGAACUAAAGGCAGUAACUCCUCCCCCUGCGGCGGCACCCUCACCUGCCGCGCCGCCUGCCCCCGCGCCGGCCCGUUCGCUGGAACACGUUUCAGUCCGGGUCUGAGCUCCUGCGAGGCAGGUCUCCC